UACACUCAGGAAUGCAGUAAAAGUUCUACAGCAUUUGUGUUCAGCACAUUCUUUGCUUGUGAUCUGUUAAUUACUCACUAAUAUUUGACAAUUUAUCAUGUUAAUGGUCAUAUUUAGUUGAUGCAUUCAGGCACUAUAACCGCUAUUGUAUGUAUGAGGUCCUACAGCUAGACCACUUGUUACUUCCUGGACUGAGUCACUGCUCAACUUGAUUAGAAAAGCCAUACAUGAACCAACACUUUCUCGCCAUACACAUGUCUACUGGAAGACCGGUAAUUGUUAUAAGUCUCUGAAGGAGAGUGGUUAUCUGACAUGAGAAAGAAAUAUUCAACUAUGCAAGUCCUGCACAAAGAGGAGGGGAUGCGGAGUGAAACAUUAACAUGGCCUUUUCUUAUUCAUUGCAUUUGGCUUGGAGUGAUGGGAGUUGAAGCCUCAUCAUGGACUGCUGAGGUGCCCAGCUCAGUAUCCGGCCUGCAGGGCUCAUGCAUCGUGAUUCCCUGCUCAUUCAACUACCCAGAACCAGAGAAGAAGCCCUCCAAAUUCACUGGCAUCUGGUUCAAAGGCACCCAUGAUACUAUAUACCACCCAGACAGCUCCAACAUCAUCAAAGACUACAGGGGUCGUACAGAGCUGGUGGGAGACCUCCGGCAGAAGAACUGCUCUCUCAGAAUCGACCACCUCCAUCGCAGUGACAAAGGACCUUUUCAUUUCAGGGUUGAAAUUAAAGACGAAAACAAGUAUUCCUACAUACAUGACACGGUCUCCAUUGCAGUGAGCAGCUCUCCAGACCCCCCCUCUCUGUCAGUGAGGGAGGAGGUGACGCUGGGGGUGGAGCUGUCUGCCUCCUGCUCUGUGUCUCACUCCUGCCCAUCUGAUUCCCCUCUCCUCACCUGGAGCCACUCCGGAACACCCAGUGUCCAAUCACAGCAGCUGACCAACGGCCAGUGGAAAGUGACAUCAUCCCUGACCUUUACCCCCAGCAUCACUGAUCACAACCAGUCUCUGGUCUGCACAGCAGAACACAGGGGUGUGAAGCCAGUGAAAAUGUCCAAAACUCUCAAUGUCAAAUAUGCCCCAGUGGAUGUGAAGGUGGAGGGAGUGUCCAGUGUGAAGGAGGGAGACUCUGUGAAGCUGAGAUGCUCCAGUGACAGUAACCCUGCUGCCCACAGCUACCGCUGGCACAACAGUAGAGGACCUCUGCCCACCACUGGACCUACCAUCACACUGGAGAAUGUGACCAGACUCACUGAAGCACUCUACUGCACUGCCAUCAACACAGAGGGACAAGGCCACUCUAGCCCAAUGAAGCUCAAUGUAGAGUACCCCCCUGAGAUCAAAGUGGGCUCUGCCUGCACUUCAGACGUCUCCACGGUAACCUGUCUGUGCAUUGUGGACUCGGAGCCCCCCGGCUCUGUGGAGUGGUCUCUUCCAGAUGGACCCCUGCCCAACCGGUCCAGUAUCAGAGUGGAGAGGCAUGGGUCAGUUACCAUGGUGACCCUACAGAGGGCACUAGGCUUCUCCGAGACCGUCCACUGCCAUGCCAGCAACACACAGGGCAAUAUCACCUUGUCCUUCACUGUGUCCACAAAUGAUAAGAAGUUGAUGAUGUACGUUUCAAUUGGUAUUGCUGCAUUAGUGGUGGUAGUAAUACUAAUUCUCAUGUCAGCUUGCCUUUUGAACAGGAAGGGUAGGAGGAGUCGUAGUGACCAGUCAGUAACCAGCAAGCAGGACGUGGACACAGCCAAGGGUGCUUUUUCACAUCCCUCACCAUCAAGGAAAGAGCAGAAAGAAACCAGGAGUGAAAUCCACACAAACUAUUACACCAACGAUCAGCUAUAUGGAAACAUGGAGGCUGAAGAGGAUGGUGACCUAUACGAGUGUGUUGGUGGAGACGAUGCAGUCUAUGCUAAUAUGUGAACACAACAGGAAGCAUGUGGAAGUCAGCUGGCCCAGAGGCAGUGGUACUCAGUCUGUCAAAGUUUCCAGUAAAAUAUUAACAUUUUAAGUCAAUGUAGCAGAACAUCUGACUGCUUAUAUUUGUUAGCUUUAUGUAGCUCCAUGGUUCCAUGGUAAAGGCUAAAGAAAAUGGCACAAUCUUAUUUGGGUUGUGGAUUUGUGUUAUGGCUUUUACAAGUAUUUUUUUUAAAUGAUCUAUGGCUUAGGUGAUUCAGGCUCUUUGGUAUCACAUACACUUAUGUCAGUCUCAUUAAGACUGCAGAACUGUGUACAAGCUGAACUGUUAAUUACAGAACACCACCUAACACAUUAACUGGCAUGACAUUCCGUCUCAUGGGAGGCCAUAAAGCUUCUAAAAGUCUUUGAAUAGGCGGCCACCUCUACAAUGUAUUCAGUCAAAAUGCAUGUUUUAUUGUACACAAACCAAAAGCAUACCAAAGGCACUAACAAGCAUUUAAAUGCAUUUAAAUUACUACAAAUAUGUCAAAAUUCAUCUCCCUCCAUGCACCCCCUGUGACUUCUAGAAAGAUUUGAACCCAGUAACCCCAAAAAAUACUCAGUUUUCACCAUCACUGUAAAGCCCUAGUCAUUUUGUUGCUUUUGAUGAAGUUAUUUCUGAAGAUUAUUAUUUAUUUUAUGUGAAAAGUGAUUCCUUUGUCUGUUACGUGAUCUGAACUCUCGUGCAGGGCUUGAUAGUAACCUGUUAAUCCACUUGUCCUUCAGAGAAGGUGGUGACUGAAAAUGUUGUGGUGUUUGAUGCAAGAAACAUCUUUACAAAAUAAAAUGCAUUAUUAUUCCCAUACCGUUA